AUGGCUCCGAAUAAGAUUGUUAUUCUAUAUGGCUCUGAAACCGGUAAUACGGAAGAUUUUGCCAAGAUCCUUUCCUAUAAAUUACAAAGGCUUCAUUAUCCACAUACUCUGUCAACUGUUGGUGAUUUUAAUCCAACUGAUAUUAUCAAUGUGCGAUAUCUUUUUGUUCUAUGUGCGACUACUGGUCAAGGUGAAUUACCUAGAAAUUGCCAUGAACAUUCAUUCUUAGACAAGAACAAGAAGACGUUGUGGUCGUUCCUUAAGAGGAAGAACUUACCUGAGAAUUUCUUAUCUCAUAUUAAUGUUGCUUUUUUUGGUCUUGGUGAUUCAUCAUAUCCUAAAUUUAAUUAUGCCAUUAGAAAAUUACAUGCUAGAAUGGUCGAACAAUUAGGAGCCACUGAGAUUUUUGAUAGAUUAGAGGCUGAUGAACAAGCUAUGGCUGGGAGUAAUAAAGGUACUGGUAGUGGUGUUGAGUCAGUAUAUUUUGAAUAUGAGAAGAGAGUAUUAGAAUACGUAGAGAAGAAGUUCCCAAAAAGAAAAGUGGAUGGCCAAAUGGUUGAAAGAGUUGCUAUUGAUGAUUCCAUCUAUUUACAACCUAAGAGUCAUUUAUGUUUGGAUCAAGAUUCCAAAAGUGAUAACACCGAUGUGAAGGUGACAACACCAUUAAAGUUUACUAACGAUUCAGCGAUAAGAUAUGGUAAAGUAAAAAAAAAUAAAAUGAUAACUGCUCCGGAUCAUUUCCAAGAUGUUAGAGAAUUUGUUUUCACAAAUGUCAAUAAUGUGGAUCAUAAGGAUCGCUAUGAAGCUGGUGACACAGCAUCGAUCUUCCCAUGUAAUUCUGAUAAAGCAGUGCAACAAUUUCUUGAUACACAGGACCAUUGGUUACCUAUCGCUGACAAACCACUGAAGUUCACCAAUGGGAUUCCGGAUGCUUUAAAAUCUGGAGGUGUUAUAGAGCCGUUGACAUUACGCAACAUUCUAAAAUAUCAUUGUGAUAUUACAUGUAUUCCAAGGACCAGUCUAUUUAUGAAGAUCUGGAUGUUUGCAACUGAUGUCUCCAGGAUGGAACGUGGUGAGGGCCAAUUAGAACAACAACGUGACAAGUUGAAAGAGUUCGCCACCGAUCAAGAUAUGCAAGAACUAUACGACUAUUGCAAUAGGCCUCGGAGAUCCAUUCUCGAGGUCAUCGAGGAUUUCUUGUCGUUAAGACUACCUUGGGAGUAUUGCCUGGACUACCUUCCAUUGAUCAAGCCUCGUUAUUAUUCUAUCUCCAGUGCUCCCAACGACCCUAACAUCCAAUUGACUGUAGCAAUUGUCAAAUAUAAGACAAUGUUACGAAAGAUAAGAACGGGUAUCUGUACUAAUUUCAUUGCCCACUUACAAGAAGGUGAAGUGAUUCGUUACAACAUCUAUAAUAAUCAUUUAAUCCGGGAGCAAUACAAGCAAAACCCAAUGGUACUAGUGAGUCCCGGUGUAGGCAUUGCGCCGUUGAUGUCCGUCAUCAAGGAGGAACCUCAACUAUGUGACAACUUACAAUUGUUCUUCGGAUGUCGAUUCAAGGAUAAGGACUAUAUCUAUCAGGAGACCCUAGAGAAAUGGGGGAAGGAGGGUCGUAUUGAAUUGCAUCCUGUGUUCUCUAGAGACAGAGAGAAUUCUCCGGAUACGAAGUAUGUGCAGGAUGUUCUUUGGAAGCUUGGAGAGUUUGUGACGAACCUGUUGGUGGAGAAGAAAGCAUUGUUUGUGCUAUGUGGUGCCUCAGGGAAGAUGCCUAUCCAGGUGAGAUUGACGGUGAUUGAGAUGUUAAAAAAAUGGGGUGGUUUUACUAAUGAUGAAGCGGCUACCAGUUAUUUGAAAGAGAUGGAAAGAGAGGAUAGAUAUUUACAAGAGACGUGGUAG